GCUAUCUUUGAACUUGACCAACAUUCAUACGACGUAGAACUUUUAAAACGAUGAUCGAGCUAGAUCCCAAUCUUUAAAAAGUUAUAAUCAAUAUAGUUCUGUUGCAGAUGUGCAAAUUUCCUGAUUGGUGUAUUUAAAUGAUCCAAUUGUUGGAUAUAUUGUGGCCUUUUAACAGGCUGAAAGGGUCGAAAAAAUACUCGUACGAGAAAUGUCAAAAUGGCGUCUUCUCAGGACGCUUGGUAUCUAUCGUUGCUAGGUUUAGCUGAAAAUUUUCGAACGUCGAACCCACCGAAUAUUAAAUCAUGUAUUCAGUGUCUUCAAGCUGUAUUUAAUUUCAAACCACCACCUCGGGUCGAAGCUCGUACUCAUUUACAACUUGGGAAUAUUCUGCUUACCCAUACAAAAAAUAUCGAUUUAGCGCGAUCGCAUCUAGAACAAGCGUGGCGUUUAAGUCAAAAUAUAAAUACCUUUGACGAUGUUAAAUUUGAAGCAGUAAGUGUAGUAGCUGAAUUGUACGAGCAACAGCAACAGCCAGCUUUAAGUAAACCGAUAUUAAGAAAGGCCAUAGAACUAUCUCAGCAUAAUGUUUAUUGGCACUGUAGACUUAUAUUUCAAUUGGCGCAAAUACACACAUCUGAGAAAGAUUUUGUAGCAGCUAAUGGUUUACUGAGCGUUGGCGUUGAUUAUUCACAUCUUAGUAAUGCAAGCUAUACGCGUGUAUUAUUUUUAUUAAGUCGAUGUAUGGUCUUAUUAAUAGACAAACAGUUUACCGAAGUUAAUGCACUUUUAAAUUCGGCUGGUCAUCAUGUUGAAAAUUGGCAAGGAAGUUCGUACCAAAAAGAAUACUUGAAAGUAUAUUAUUUGGUACUUCAAGUUUGUCAUUUUCUUAUGGCUGGACAGGUAAAUAGUGUGAAGCCUUGUUUAAAACAACUACAACAAAGUAUACAAACAAUCAUGUCUCCUAACUGGCCAACGGAUGAUGUAGUUACAGGUUCUAAUAUAGGAGAUAUGUUCAUAUGGAUGCCAAAGGAUCAUUUAUAUGUUUUGGUUUAUCUUGUAACUGUUAUGCAUUCGAUGCAAGCUGGUUAUAUGGAUGAAGCACAAAAAUACACAAAUAAGGCUCUUACUCAAAUUGAAAAAUUAAAAAUCGUUGACAAUAAGCCGAUACUCUCUGUCUUUCAACUCAUGUUAUUAGAACAUAUAGUUAUGUGUCGUCUUGUUAUGGGAAAUAAAAGUGUAGCACUUGCGGAAAUAGCUCAGGCAUGUCAACUUUGUAGGCGACAACCAAGAUUAUUAGAAGCCCAUCGACCGCAACUGCAUGCUCUUUUAGGAUUAUAUGCGAUGUCUAUGAACUGUAUGGAAGCUGCUGAGGGUCAAUUUAUGGCUGCUCUUAGGACAUCUUCAGAACGAGAUCUGUGGACAUUUGCAAAUUUAAAUUUGGCUAUAGUAUAUCUCAGAACAAAAAGAGACACAGAAUUGGGUUCUUUAAUGGAAAGAAUAAAUCCAGAAGCCUUGCAAUCACAGUCACAUUCCUUAAGAGCAGCAGCAUACUAUGUUCAAGGUCUUCAAGCUUUUUUUGGAGCUAGACAUAAUGAAGCCAAGAGAUACCUAAGAGAAACAUUAAUAAUGGCAAGCGCAGAGGAUUUAAAUAGACUAACUUCUUGUAGUCUUGUUUUGUUAGGACAUAUAUUUCUUUCAUUAGGAAAUAGCAGAGAAUCUAUGAAUAUGGUAACACCGGCUAUGCAACUUGCUUCCAAAAUACCGGAUGUGCAUGUACAAUUGUGGGCUAGUGCUAUUUUGAAAGAUUUGUAUAGAAUUUGUGGGGAUACUAAUCGUGAACAUGAUGCAUAUCAAAUGCAUUGUUCAUUUUCUCAAACUCUUUUGAAAGAUCACUUUCAAAGUACACAAAUGAGUGAACAUGCUCUUAUUCAAUGGACAGAGGGUCCCAUACCUGUUUUGCCAAAUGACCCACCACCUUCCACAUCUCAAACAAUUCUUCAAUAAAAUUAAAAAAUACCAAUUUUGCUUAUUUACUUAAAGUAUAUGGUUGUUAAAAUGUGAAAGUAUGUCAGAUUUGCGUGAUAGUGUUGCUGAAUGGUCAUUAUGCAAAAAAGGGAAAAAAACUAAUAGUGCAAAACUUAAUACAUAAAAACCAUUAAAACUAUAGGCUGUGGUGAAAAUGGAUGGUUAAGAUAUAGUCACGGAUGCAUUUUUGUAAAUUGGAACAUAGUUAUACCUUG